UUGCUACUUUCGUUGACCAACAACAUCAGCACACGGGAUAAAUAGCAAAACCUAUGAAUCAAUUCCCGCUGAAGUAGAAAUAGUGGAAACGGUUUAAACUUUGGUCAUUUUGAGAAAAAUAAACUUGUAUAAGGGUAGAUAUCACGUGGGAGAUAUCACGCCCUCUUUUGGCAACCUGAAAGGAGGGCAACUGUUUUAAAAAAGUGUGUGACACAUUUUCACAAUAGACGAUCUUUGGACGCUGUCAGCUUGUCCUUCCUGGUCAAUCACAACAACAGACAUGGCGGCGGCUGCACGGCUUCUUACCCGAGGAGCAAACUCGAAAAUUUCCGCCGCCUGUGUUGGCGGCGGCUCUCCGAGUAUUUUCGGGGCAGCUCUGUGUAAGGCGCCGGCGAGCUGCAACUCGCACGCAAAAACACAGCGAAGGCAUGCGGCGCACUUCACCUUCCAGCCUGACCCCGUCCCGACGAAAUAUGGUCCAACCCAGAAGAUGAACUUGUUCCAAUCUGUCACCAGUGCCUUGGACAACACCCUCGCCAGCGAUCCCACAGCAGUCAUCUUCGGGGAGGACGUGGCCUUUGGGGGAGUAUUCCGGUGCACAGUGGGUCUGAGGGACAAAUACGGAAAAGACAGAGUCUUCAACACACCUCUAUGUGAGCAGGGGAUUGUGGGAUUCGGUAUCGGUGUGGCUGUUGCUGGUGCCACAGCCAUUGCUGAGAUCCAGUUUGCUGACUACAUCUACCCUGCUUUUGACCAGAUCGUCAAUGAAGCAGCCAAGUACCGCUACCGUUCUGGCAACUUGUUUGACUGUGGAAACCUCACCAUUCGGGCUCCAUGGGGCUGCGUUGGCCACGGAUCACUUUACCACUCACAAAGUCCCGAGGCCUUCUUUGCCCACUGCCCGGGCAUAAAGGUUGUGAUACCUCGAGGUCCAGUGCAGGCAAAGGGCCUUCUCCUCUCUUGCAUCGCUGACAAGAACCCCUGCAUAUUCUUUGAGCCCAAGAUCCUUUAUAGAGCAGCAGUGGAGCAGGUCCCUGUGGAGUCCUACACCCUCCCACUCUCACAGGCUGAGGUCCUACAGGAAGGAAGCGACGUCACUUUGCUCGCCUGGGGGACACAGAUCCAUGUGAUGAGGGAGGUCGCUGACAUGGCUCAGGAGAAGCUGGGAGUGUCCUGCGAGGUCAUCGAUCUGCAGACAAUCCUGCCCUGGGACACCGAAACUGUCUGCAAGUCAGUGGUGAAAACUGGACGUUUGCUCAUCAGUCAUGAGGCACCAGUCACUGGAGGAUUUGCUGCUGAAAUCAGCUCGACAGUACAGGAGGAGUGCUUCCUCAACCUGGAGGCCCCCAUUUCCAGGGUCUGUGGUUAUGACACUCCCUUCCCACAUGUCUUUGAACCCUUCUACAUCCCAGACAAGUGGAAGUGCUUUGAAGCGAUCAAGAGGAUGAUCAACUACUAAACCCUCGGUAAGGGCCAACUUCUGGUAGACCUGAACUCUGUUCUCUUCUUUCCCCCUCUUUCUUCAUUUAUCCAAUUGAUGGAGAGCCGCCAGGAAAAGACACUUUGUUGACCAUCCAAUCAGGAAGCAGUAUCCAGAUGGGCCCUGUGUCUCUCUGCCUUCGCCAGCUAAUAGACUAUUACCUUUGGAUUAGGGAAACUUAUGCUGUUUUAAGGGGAAAAUGACGACCACGAUGACGACUUGAUCUAUUCUGUAUGUUUAAAAUCUCCAUUGGCUUCCACUGUCAGUAUGACGCACAUAAUUUCCACAUUGACACUAAAGCUAGAUACUCUGUGUGGGGAAACUGUUAGACUAGGUGGUUGAAUGUGUGUUUGUCUGCCUCUCUUUGCUGUUACAGUGUGUCCACCACCUCUCUAAUCCUUAUGUGGUUUGAACUGUGCUAAACCAAACUGUACUAAUAAAAUGGACCCAUGGUUUUUAUGGAAAAUAAAGUAAUCAAUAUUGGUGCAA